AUGGCGAGUAACGAUAGCCAGAAUGCAAGGAGCGAACCCUCUGCGGCCACGGUUCCUGAAGUGGGCCAUGAUGUGGUAGACAGGACGCCGACUGCAGGCAACUCCACCGUAUCGGGCACUAGCAAUACAAGCGCCGAUGAGAGUGCCUUUCAACACCUCAAUGUUGAUUAUGAAGAUCAUGAUAGUGCCAUCGGAGGCAUGACCCCGAUGACCUCGACGAUGUCGUUAAAUUCGAGCAUCUAUGAGUUCGUCGAGGAGAAUGGGCGCACUUACCACCGGUAUAAAGAAGGCAAAUAUAUGUUGCCGAAUGACGCGGAAGAGAUGGAUAGACUCGAUCUCCAACACCAGCUGUGGUUGAUCACGCUGUAUGGCAAGUUAUACCUUGCGCCUAUCUGUAACCCGCACAAUGUCUUAGAUAUCGGUACGGGGACAGGAAUAUGGGCUAUUGAGUUUGCCAAUAGUCAUCCGUCGGCGCGCGUGACCGGGAGCGAUCUAAGUCCCAUACAACCAGAAUAUGUACCAUCAAACUGUCAAUUUGAGGUCGACGACGCCGAAGACGACUGGAAUUAUUCACAACCGUUCGAUUUAAUACACGGACGUGCUUUGGUAACCUGCUUCAAAGAACCCGCCACAGUGAUAGCCUCUGCAUUCAAAGCACUUACUCCGGGUGGCUAUCUGGAAUUUCAAGAUAUAGUAUUGCCAAUGCGCGCGAUUGACGACACCCUGCAAGGAACCGCAAUCAACGACUGGCAGACUAGAACAAUCAAUGCAGCCGAAAGCAUGGGGAAAAACUGGAAGCUGGUUGGCAACUAUGUUCAGUAUUUUGAAGAGGCUGGGUUUGUUGAUGUGGUGGAGACGCAUUUCCAAUGGCCCUUGAACACUUGGCCGAAGGGCGAGAGGAUGAAGACUCUAGGCCGCUAUUGGCAAGAGGAUCUGCUGCGCGGCUUGGAAGGUCUUUCAAUGGCCGUUUUAACGAGAGCAGGUGGUAUGACGAUGGAUGAGGUGUUGAAACUUACUACGGAGGCCAGGAAGGAUCUUCAUAAUAAGAGUAUCCAUGGUUAUCUUCCAAUGCACAAAUAUCUCAAAGUGCUCUUUCCAAAAAUUCAAGCUCGUCGACCCCACCUCAUCUGCUGUCAAGCAAGCGCCUGUUCACCUACAUCUGCUCCAGAUGGAUCGAUGACUUACAUGCCAAACUACUACGAAAUUCUUGGUCUCCCUAAGGACUUCCAACAUGAAUCAGAUAUCCCGACGCAGACUCUGCGAAGCGCCUACCGAAGGGCACUCCUCCAGAACCACCCAGACAAGACCCCGCUCGCAAAACCUUCGGUGAACACAAAGGGAUCCGUGUAUACGAUCGAUCAAAUAGCCGAAGCCUUCAAUGUCCUAUCGAUUCCCAGAGCGCGGGCGGAAUACAACAAGGAGCUGAAGUUGCAAAAUGGCUCUACAAACAUUGGAGGGGUACAGGGAAGACAGGCGUUCCAUACCGGGGUUGAGACGCUGGAUCUUGAUGAUUUAGAGGCUGAUGAGGCACAAGGGAUAUGGUAUAGAAGCUGCAGAUGCGGGGAUGGACGUGGGUUCUUAGUUACGGAGGACGACUUGGAAGAAGCUGCUGAUGACGGUGAGCUCCAUGUGGGCUGCAGAGGCUGCAGUCUUUGGCUGAAGGUGCUCUUUGGUGUCAUUGAAGAUGAUGGCCAGGCUGGGGCUGGGCCUGAGACUACUGGAGAUAUGCGGAAUGGGUAG